ACCAAUCUUCACGGAAAUUCUAUCAACGCCAAUAUGCCAGGCCAAACGCAGACCGAAUCCGCGAACAAUGUGCCCGUCGUCCAGACGGAUAUAGAGCAUAUCGAGGAGGAAGAUGAUGUUGCGGAUCGCGAUCGCAUCCGUGUGUUGGCUGGUGCUACCGAUACGGCGGCAAGUUUUCAGUUUGAUGGAGAGGAUCAUACGCUAGGGAAUGCUUUGAGAUAUAUCAUCAUGAAAAAUCCUGAUGUCGAAUUCUGUGGUUACUCGAUACCACAUCCCUCAGAAGCCAAGAUGAAUUUGAGGAUUCAGACAUACGAUGGCGUCAACGUCUAUGCCGUCCUCGAGAAAGGACUAGAAGAUCUGAUGGACCUUUGCGACGUAGUCAUCGACAAAUUCACGAUCGCGCGAGACGACUUCAAUGCAAAGAACCCACAAUAGAAAUCAUGAUAUAUCACAAUGAUACUCAUGCAUUUCUGGCGUUCCAGGGAAAAGGAAAACGGCGCAGACGGAAGGAAAUGGUAUUUGAGGUUAUGUACAAUGUGUAUUUUCUGAAUAUCUGGACCCUUUGCGAGGAUUCAGUUGCGGCC